GUGUUGGUAUUGUGUGCGUAUUUAAAUAUUUAUACCGCAAUUAGCAGGGACUUAUGCUAUGUACGUUUAUAAGCGAAUGAUUUAAUGGUGAACUAAAAAGUGUCGUUUAAACAGACAGAUGCGCUGGGAAACAAGACUGUAUUCCUCCUACUCCUCGUCCUUGGUUGACUGCCGAACCGUCAACUAGGAAUAUUUUUUGUCGUCUACACUAUGUAAUUAGCCAUAUUCCCGCGGUAUUACUAAGCCUAUAGUUAGCUCGUCGACCGACAUCCGUCCAUCUAUAAUAAACUAAUAUUAUUAUUUAAUUAAUGGGUCCGUGUUUGGUCGAUAACCUAUAUGACCGUCAGUGCAGGUAUAAUAUCAGCAUUAUACUUGAGCUGAUAAUUGAAAUGAUUUACUGUAUGCAUUUGACUCUCAGGUGCUCGUAAUGCACCCGACUUUUGAUUCACCACGAAAUACUGUACCUCGGAGGGAACGGCUCUCAGAUGGUAUAUAACCGACGCCUAUUUAGUGGCCCCGGCUCAGUGUCCAUCCGAUUUCAGUGCGGUGACGACUGCUGCAGCGGUGACACGAACCCGACCAAGUCAAACUCGGUCCACCCACUCCGCGUACCCACACUACGGUGCCGCCGUUAGGUGUUUUGCACGCAGGUGCACACCUCUAACCCACCGGGAACCGGUGACGAUGACGACAACGGCGAGCGCGGCCGCGGUUGCUGAAAUGAUCGAGACCGGGACGUUCGGACCGGACAGCCGAUUCGUGUCGUUCGCGCUGGACGGCCAGCACACCGAACGGGAUCAGUUCGCAUCGUCUGUACUGUACGGUACGGUUGCUGUUGAGGAUCGCUACUACCAUCACCAAAGCCAUCGACUAGUGUUCAAGUUCAAACACCCGAUGCCCGAGAUGCGGGACUUAAUCAAGAACGACAAGCAGUUCCACAAUGAAAUACUGUUCUACGAACGGAUCGCACCGUUUCUGUUGGCCUGCUGCUCGCAGGGCGACGGAGACGAUACCGCGACGCCAUCGCUGUGCCGUUACUUUUACGGGCACAACGACUGCGGUGACUUGGCGCCACGGGACAUGAUCGUCUUGGAAAACGAGUCUGACCGCGGAUACCGGUCUGCGGUAACCGAACAUCGGCUGUGUUUGGAUUUCGAACACCUGAUCGUGGCAAUCAGAUCUCUAGCAAAGUUUCACAGUUUGUCAUACAGAGCCAAGCACAUGGACCGAAUGAAAUUCAUGGAUCUGGUGAUCAAGGUGAAGGACACACAGUGGGACGACGAUGGGCAGUGGCUUGUAAUAGGCAGACGAAUUGAAGAUCUGCUCUUCUUGGCUCUGGACACGUUAAAGGUACGUCGCGGCAAUGGUGGUGAAGAUGACCAACGUGCGCAAAGGUUUCGGACGGAGCUGUUGGCCGAUACGAUGAAGACGCUGAGACGUGUAAUGGAACCUGUCGAACCGCUAUCCGUUCUGUGCCACGGCGACUUCAACCGGAACAACCUGCUGUUCCGGUACGACGACGGCGGCCGGCCGGUGGACGCGCUGGCGUACGACAUGGCUACCGUCCGGUACGGGUCGCCGGCGCUCGAUUUGUCUUUCUUCUUGUACAUGAACACGGACCGCCGGACCCGGGACGAUCACUGGGACGCAUUGCUUGACGCGUACUGCGAAACGCUGGCCACUGCCGCCGGCGACGUCCCGGUGCCGGACCGUGGCCGACUGGACGUCGAAAUGCGCGAGCACGCGUUCUAUGGGUUGGCACAUGGGGCGUUUUUCUUGCGGAUCAUGUUGGAGGAAAAGAAACCAAUCGAUCCAUUGGAGUUCGUUGAAAUGACCAAUGAUGAGGUGCUGAAGGUUCUGUUGUCAUUUGGUGGUGAAUUGGCCACCGAAUGGGUAGCCGACAUCGUCCAACACUAUUUGGACACGUCGUAUGCCAAAACAUGAUCCUGAUGCUCGUAUUGCUUAAACGCAUGCGUGGAUCAAAUCACACGUAUUCCUUAUUAAUUUAUUUUUUAAGUUUGCAGAUUUCCAUACUUUACCUACAUUCUUGUUAAAUUAUCCUUGUAUUAUAUUAUGACAUUUCUUUUAUUAAAUGAAUCGGAACUGGGUGCAAAACUCGUAAUAAACUGUAGUUUUCAUAAUAAUAAAACUAAAGAACAUUUUGAUUUUAUUUUAUAA